GAUAUAAGUGUUUUUUUUUUGCUAAACAAAUGAUAUAAGUGUUCUAACCGUUCUGCGAUUCGCCGAUGAGUUUCAAUUUCUCGAAUUUCAUAUUGAAGUUUGCGCCUUUGAUCUUAAUCCGAAAGAUAAUUCAAGAUUCUUACUCGUUAAUCGAAGACUGUAAAAGUGAUAUAAGCUAAUUCACUAACAGAUAGUUGAAACUUACUUCAAUGGCAAGCCAAGGAAUAGUGUCUCUUACAAAGUCUCUAUGCAUUUUGACUCCAAGAGUCCGCCUCAAGAACCCAAAGACGAUGCAGAAUCUAAAGACACGGUCUUGUCAUCUUUGUGUCUGUUGUUCAAAGCUCUCUCAAUGGGAACAAUCACCUUUUAUACAUGAUUCUACAGAAGAAGCUAGUGGUGUGGUAUUAGAAAAAAACAAGAAUGUGUUCGAGUCUAUUGUAUCCGACAUUGAAGAUGAUGACAAAGUAGUUCCAACGCAGCUUCUUAAAUGGCCAUUAUGGCUUUUAGGUCCAUCUGUUCUACUCACAAGCGGUAUGGCAUCUACUUUAUGGCUUCCAUUAUCAUCGGUUUACAUCGGUUCCAAAGUGGUUAGUGUGCUUUCAUUGAUCGGUUUAGAUUGCAUUUUCAACCUCGGAGCAAUACUUUUCUUGUUAAUGGCUGAUUCUUGCGCACGUCCUAAAGACCCAUCGCAAUCCUGCAAAAGCCAACCACCGUUUAGCUACAAGUUCUGGAAUGUUUUUGCACUGGUAACCGGGUUUCUCGUCCCAACGCUACUUCUCUUAGGAUCCCAAACCGGUUUACUCGCUUCUCUCCAACCCGAGCUUCCUUUCUUGUCUGUGGCUGUUCUCCUCUUCCCGUACUUCAUCCUCCUCGCGGUUCAGACACUAACAGAGAUCCUCACGUGGAACUGGCAAUCACCGGUUUGGUUAGUGACACCAGUUGUCUACGAGGCUUACCGGGUUUUGCAACUGAUGAGAGGGUUGAAACUAAGUGCAGAGGUUAAUGCACCGGUUUGGGUGGUUCAUAUGAUUCGUGGGCUUGUCUCUUGGUGGGUAUUGAUCUUGGGGAUGCAACUCAUGAGAGUUGCUUGGUUUGCUGGUUUUGCAUCUAGAACAACAACAACAACGACGACUCAGCAACCAGAAUCAUCUGUUGCUUCUAAGUAAAGAUAGAUAUAGAUGUUUCUUUCGUUUACCUUUAAAGCCAGUCCUAUCAUGAAACUUUUUUCUGUAACUAGUGUAUGUACUAUAUAUCUAUUAUUUUUUGGUGAUCACAACAAAAAAAUUGUGUAUAUUCAUAUUAUAAGUUUUGCACAUUCUAUAUAAUGCAUAUUUCAUAAAAGUCUAUAUCUGUGGAAGUUCUUUUAUAGCAAGGGUUUUGUAUGCAAGAAAAUAGUUGUGUAAUGUUUUUUUUUUGGGACCA